AGUAGUGAUUGGGUUAUGGAGAGCAUGAACAAAGGGACCGAUAGUUAUGGUGUUACCACUGGCUUUGGUGCCACCUCCCACCGCAGGACUAACCAAGGUGGUGCUCUUCAGAAGGAACUCAUCAGGUUUUUGAACGCUGGAAUCUUUGGCAAUGGUACAGAGUCAUGCCACACACUUCCGCACUCGGCAACAAGACCUGCCAUGCUAGUGAGAAUCAAUACCCUUCUCCAGGGUUACUCUGGCAUCCGUUUCGAAAUUCUGGAAGCCAUCACCAAGUUUCUCAACACCAAUGUCACCCCAUGCUUGCCUCUUCGUGGGACCAUUACCGCUUCCGGAGAUCUUGUCCCAUUGUCUUACAUUGCUGGACUUCUUACCGGCCGCCCCAAUUCCAAAGCCGUUGGUCCCAAUGGUAAAGUCCUAAAUGCAGAAAAGGCAUUCAAGCUAGCCGGUGUGGAAGGUGGGUUCUUUGAGCUACAGCCCAAAGAAGGUCUAGCACUUGUUAAUGGUACUGCAGUAGGAUCCGGCAUGGCCUCCAUGGUUCUCUUUGAAGCCAAUGUACUUGCAUUGUUAUCAGAAGUCUUGUCAGCCAUUUUUGCAGAGGUUAUGCAGGGGAAACCCGAGUUUACUGACCACUUGACACACAAACUGAAGCACCACCCAGGCCAGAUUGAGGCUGCAGCUAUCAUGGAGUACAUUUUAGAUGGAAGUAUAGUUAAGGCUGCCCAAAAGGUCCACGAAAUGGACCCUUUGCAGAAGCCUAAACAGGACCGUUAUGCUCUAAGAACCUCACCUCAUUGGCUCAGUCCACUAAUUGAGGUCAUCCGGUCAUCUACUAAAAUGAUCGAAAGAGAGAUCAACUCGGUUAAUGACAACCCUUUGAUUGAUGUCUCAAGAAACAAGGCUAUACAUGGUGGUAACUUUCAAGGAACACCAAUUGGUGUUUCUAUGGAUAACACGCGUUUGGCUAUUGCUGCAAUAGGAAAAUUAAUGUUUGCUCAAUUCUCUGAGCUUGUAAAUGACUUUUACAGCAACGGGUUACCUUCCAAUCUUUCUGGAGGACGUAACCCCAGCUUGGAUUACGGUUUCAAAGGAGGUGAAAUCGCUAUGGCUUCAUACUGUUCGGAACUCCAGUUUCUUGCCAACCACCAUGUCCAAAGUGCUGAACAACACAACCAAGAUGUAAACUCUUUGGGAUUGAUUUCAGCAAGAAAAACAGCCGAAGCAGUUGAAAUCUUAAAGCUCAUGUCAUCAACCUACUUGGUAGCUUUGUGCCAAUCCGUUGACUUGAGGCAUCUAGAAGAAAACAUGAAGUCAGCUGUAAAGAGCACCGUGAGCCAAGUGGCCAAAAAGGUUCUAACUACAGGUGUCAAUGGCGAGCUCCACCCAUCAAAAUUCUGCGAAAAAGACUUGCUUCAAGUAAUUGACAGAGAGUACGUCUUUGCAUAUAUUGAUGACCCUUGCCUAGCCACAUUUCCAUUGAUUCAAAAGCUUAGACAAGUCCUUGUCGACCACGCUUUAAAUAAUGGUGAAAGUGAGAAGAACACAAGCACUUCAAUCUUCCAAAAGAUUGGUGCUUUCGAAGACGAACUUAAAGCCAUUUUGCCCAAACGAGUCGAGAGUGUAAGAGUGGCAUAUGAAGAUGAUACAUUGGCAAUCCCAAACAGGAUAAAAGCUUGCAGAUCAUACCCACUAUAUAGGUUUGUUAGAGAGGAGCUUGGAGCCGGGUUUUUGACAGGUGAGAAGGUGACUUCACCAGGCGAGGAAUUCGAUAAGGUGUUUACAGCAAUGUGCCAAGGCCAGAUUAUUGAUCCAUUGUUGGAGUGUGUUCAAGGCUGGGAUGGUGUUCCUCUUCCUAUCUCUUAGAACAACUUCAUUUUAUUAUGUGUUUGAAAGUUUUUAUUGGUUCUUUGUUCACCUUUUUUGAAUUCGUUUAUAAGCAUUGGUUAAGUUGAAACUCCUGGUUUAAAUUUGUACUUAUUUAUU